GGACGCCUUGGGUGUAAGGAUGAUCGGAGACAUACUGCUGUUCGGGACGCUACUGAUGAACGCCGGGGCUGUGCUCAACUUUAAACUGAAAAAGAAGGACACACAAGGCUUUGGGGAAGAAUCGAAGGAACCCAGCACAGGAGACAACAUCCGAGAGUUUUUACUAAGCCUGAGGUAUUUCCGGAUCUUCAUCGCACUGUGGAAUGUGUUCAUGAUGCUCUGCAUGAUCGUACUGUUCGGCUCUUGAGUCCUGCGUGGAACCCAGAGAUCACCUGCUGGACAUCAAGGCUCUAUUUCUGUUUCUGAUGACUUCAAGAAUCUUCUCAAUGGAAAACCAGGGACCUUCCCAGAAGGCCCAAGCUCAUUUGGGUGGAGAAUGUCCAUUUCCCAGCUCCCUGACCCUCGUCAGCCACAGUGACAAAGUCAGACUUUAUUAGGAGAAAGACCUAGGUCUUUACCUUGUGCUGGCAUUCUAUCUUCUCCUGGCCCAGCUUCUCCAGAAACCUGACCUGGGCUAUUUCUUGGUUGAAUUGAUGGUGAUUGUUUUGGUUUGAUUUGGGUGUCUUUGUCUGUUUUUUUGUUUUUUUGAGACAGGGUUUUUCUGGUUAGCCCUGGCUAUUCUGGAACUCACACACCAGACGGGCCUCAAACUCAUAGAGAUCCGCCUGUCUCUGCCUCUCAAGUGCUGGGAUUAAAGGUGUAUGCCACCACUCCUGGCCUUGCACAGAUUGUCCUUAAUUGAUGUGACUCAGGCACCUGCUUGCCGGGCCAGCUAUGACAGUCUAGCAGUCUCUUUUGCACUACCAGGUCUAUGCUGGUGGACCCAACAGUCUGGGGCCAGUGAGGUCUUACUUCCAAACGUUUCCUCCUCACCCCAUAACUGGGUCUACCUGGGGCAGCCAAAGAUUGCUCCAACAUUUGGAGGAGCCGGUCCUCCUCCCUUGGGACACCAGCCUCUUCUUUAGACACUAAGCUGUUAGCCAUAACAUACUCAGCUUCUCCAGAAGAGGCCUGUGGAAGAGGUGCUAGUGGUGAUGUUAGCAGACACCUCUCUGUGCUUUCAAGCCACUUGUUAAUAAAGUGACUUUGGGGCCACUCCUUUAUUGUUGCUUGUGAUGUUGGCAGCGUACUCUGAAGGUUUGGGUUUCUGGGUCUCUCUUUGAAGGAGGGGAGCUCAAGCUUGAGGUGCAUGAGGUUCAGAGGCGACUACGCCAUCAGCUCUGAGAUGCGUUCCAUCUAGAGAUGGCCAUGCCGGCAGUGCUGAGGGACUUUAAUCAGCAUUUGAAAGCUGUAGCAGCUGGCUUGCUUUGGGGCUCUCUUUUUGGAUUGGUUUCUUUCUUUUCUUUUUAAAGAUUGUUCUGUUUUAUAUGUAUGGUAUUCUGCCUGCAUGCAUGUCUGCACACAUGUGGAUGCAGGGCUUGCAGAGGCCAGAAGUCCUCUAAUCUGCAGCUAGAGUUACAGCCAGUUGUGAACUGUCAUGUGAGUGCUGGGUCUUUUGAGAGUGACCUGUGUCCUGAGCCCCUCAUUUUGGCUUUUUUUUAAAGACAGCCCCAAACUGUGGCAGAUGACCUUGAACUCCUUAUCUUUUCAGUAGUGAGACAAGAUCCCAAUUGAGUACUACCAUACCAGGUUUUUUUAUUGGCUGGUUGGUUAGUCUUUGAGACCAUCUUGAUGGAAUCUGUGCUGAUUGAGAACUUUCCAUUCUCCUGCCUCAGCCUCUUUAGUGCUAGAAUCCCAAGUGUGUACUACCAACCCUAGUCAUAAUAGCAUUUUACCCCAGGCUUCCCCGGGAACUAUGGGGAAAACUCUGGUAAUGUGGGAACUGGGUCAAGUCUAAGUUCAGGCUGCACAGCUGCUGCAGACAUUGUUGAUUGUGUCCUUCACACCCGCAGCAUGCCUGAGCCUACCCACUUGCCUAGCAUUGUAACAUGCCACUCUGUUGGCUGAUCCCCAGCCUUGGAUAGUUGGGAUGGCUUUCUGCCUUUCUCAGCUUAGGACUGUAGUUUCAGGAAAAAAAGGUUCCAUUCAUUCUGAAGAGGAAUUGUGCUGAAAAAGAAUGCUGUCAUAGGGUUUGCACUUAUUAUCUCAUUUGAGUUCUGAUAAAGUGUUUUUGGACUACUUACUGUGUGUGUGAAAAAUUGAAACCCAUGAAUCUUCUUGGUUUUUAUUAUUAUUUAUUUAUUUAUUUUUGGUUCUGGGCUAGGGCCUUUUGAUGCCACUGAACCAUAUCACCAGCUCUAUAUGUGUGUCUGUUUGGAAUGUUGUUCAGAAACUUCUCGUGGCUGGAGAUGUAGUUCAUGUAGAGUGACAUAGUAUAAUUUUACAGGAAAGGACUGAGAGUCUGGCUCAGGGGUGGAGUUCCUGCCUAGAAUUUCCCAGUGAGGGGCUGGGGUGUGUGGCUCAGGGAUGGGGUCCCUUUCAGAACCAUUUGAGACUCUCAAGUCAGAUGUUCUAGAAGCUGUUAAGCAAUAGCUCUUUCCCUUGCUAUAACCAGAUAUAUGUAACCUGAAGUGACAACCCACUUUGUGCUCCUGAAGGUUAAACCUGUUAUCCCAACGUUACCACUGGGAUAUGGAGUUUCAGUUAAAUUGUCUCUCACGCUUAAGAGCUACAAGAUAUGAAGUGCUGUCUUCUGCCUCCCACCACCCAGCCUGAACAAAUAAGCCCUCUUUUUAUCCCUUCUUUACAACACUGACAAACACACAGGUCAAGUUGUCCACAAGUGAUCAUGCUGGGAUGCUGCAGAGCGGAGGACUGUGUUGUACUGGGUCUACCUGAUUAUAGUGUCGCACAUACAGCCACAAGCAUAUGCUGUGUGCAAAUAAAAAACAAAAGAGUUACC